AUGGAUGAAAAAAUAUCUGAAAUAGCAUUAUCUGAAUCAGACCAAACACAAAAAAUAUUUAGAACAGCCCAUUUAAUUUCUAAAAAUCAACGCCCAUAUACUGAUAUGCCAAAAUUAGUCGACCUCCAAGUUAUUAAUGGAGUUGAUCUUGGGAGAAUACUUCAUACUAAUGUAUCAUGUACACAAAUAAUUGAUCAUAUUGCCUCUGAGAUGAGAAUAAAAUUAGCUAAAUGCAUUAUAGAAAAUGGAACAAAAUUAUGUAUUUUAGUUGAUGAAUCGACAACUUUGAGCAGGAAGUCAAUGUUGGUUAUUUGUUUGCGCUGUGCUAUUGGUGAAUUGGGUGAAAUAAAUACAUUCUUUUUUGAUAUUGUUGAACUGAAUAAUACUUCAGCUGUAUCUGUAAAAGGUUCAAUGUUGCAAGCACUUGAAAAGUAUGGGAUUAAUUUUGAGUUUUUAAAAAAAAACUUGAUUGCCUUUGUUAGUGAUGGAGCAUCAAAUAUGUUGGGACGUAAAUCUGGUGUCGGUACUCUAUUAAAAAAUGAUUUUCCAAAUAUAAUAACUUGGCACUGUUGCAACCACCGCCUAGAGUUGGCAGUUAACGAUACUUUAAAAGAAGUAAGUGGAUUAAAUCAUUUUCAGAGUUUUAUUGAAAAACUUUAUGCAACAUAUCAUAUGUCUCCUAAGAAUACAAGUGAAUUAAGAGAAUGUGCUGCUUCAUUAGAGAAACAACUAUUAACAAUUGGUAAGAUUUUCACUAUCCGAUGGGUUGCUUCAAGUCAGCGUACAGUGAAAGCUGUUUGGAAUAAUUAUGAAGCUCUAUUCAAACAUUUUUCUUAUGCAUCUACUGACACAUGUAGAGACUCAAGAGAAAGAGCAAAAUAUAACGGGUUAAAAAAUAUACUCACUUCAAAUAAUUUUGUACAUAAUCUUGGUGUGUUAUAUGAUGCAUUAAUAGAACUAUCAGACUUAUCAAUACAAUUACAAAAAAGAGAUAUGACAUUACCUGCUGCCCAUAAAUCUAUUCAGCGUACAAUUCGAGUUUUAGAGUCCAUGGCUAGUAUACCAGGUCCAAAAUGUCAAGAAGUAAUUUCUGCUUGUGAAAACAGAGAAUUCAAAAAUAUUCAAAUCUAUUCUAAAACAUCAGUUAUAAAAGUACAAAUGGGACAAUUUUUACAAGUCUAA